AUGUCUGGGCGCGGUAAGCAGGGUGGCAAGGCCCGCGCCAAGGCCAGGUCUCGCUCGUUCAGAGCCCAGCUGCAGUUCCCAGUGGGUCGAAUCCACCGCUUACUUCGCAAGGGCAACUAUGCUGAGCGCAUUGGGGCUGGUGCGCCCGUGUACCUGGCGGCCGUGCUGGAGUACCUGACGGCUGAGAUCCUGGAGCUGGCGGGUAACGCAUCUCGAGACAACAAGAAGACGCGCAUCAUCCCGCGCCACCUGCAGCUGGCCAUCCGCAACGACGAGGAGCUCAACAGGCUACUGGGCGGCGUGACCAUCGCACAGGGUGGCGUUUUGCCUAACAUCCAGCCCGUGCUGUUGCCCAAGAAGACCGAGAGCCACCACAAAGCCAAGGGCAAGUGA